AUGGAGGCCAUCUAUCGACUAUCAGGCGAUGCCACUCAUAUGCAGAACAUGAAAGCGCGAUUUGACAAUGAUUCCUCGCAGAUGGACCUUACAGACCCAGAGAACUUCUAUUAUGAUAUUAACAGUGUUGCUGGACUUGUGAAACAAUUUUUCCGAGACCUUCCUGAUCCUCUGUUCACAUCUCAGUACUAUUCUCAGUUCCUUGACGCUGCUCGCCUUGAUGAUGACAUCCAACGCCGGGAUCAGCUACAUGCUCUUAUUAAUGACUUACCUGAUGCUCACUAUGCCACACUACGUGCUACCAUAUUUCACUUUAACAAGGUUCAGGAGCACUCUUCGCAGAACCGCAUGAACGCUGGUAACCUUGCCAUCUGCUUUGGAUCAACCUUAAUGGGUAUGGAUGGCAGCAACAUUGCGGAUGCUGGCUGGCAAGUCCGCGUCAUCGAGUCAGUUAUAGUCAACACUUUGCAGAUUUUUCUGGAGGAUUAG